UCGGCGGCCGCAGCCCCCACUGGCCCCGGGCCCUCGGUCCGCCCUUCCGGUGCGUCCAUGAACUCGGUGUCGCCGGCCGCCUCGCAGUACCGGAGCGGGAGCCCGGAGGACGCGCGCCGGCCCGAGAGCCGCCGGCCGCGGGGACCCCGAGUCCCGGACCCCAACGGCCUGGGGCCCUCCGGAGCCAGCGGCCCCGCUCUUGGCUCGCUUGGGGCAGCCCCUGGUGAGCCGGACGAAGUGGACAAGUUUAAGGCCAAGUUCCUGACGGCCUGGAACAAUGUCAAGUACGGCUGGACAGUCAGAAGCCGGACCAGCUUUAGCAAGAUCUCCAGCAUCCACCUCUGCGGCCGCCGCUACCGUUUUGAGAGCGAGGGUGACAUCCAGCGUUUCCAGCGGGACUUCGUGUCCCGCCUGUGGCUCACGUACCGCCGGGACUUCCCGCCCCUCGCUGGGGGCUGUCUGACCUCGGACUGUGGCUGGGGAUGCAUGUUACGUAGUGGCCAGAUGAUGCUGGCCCAGGGUCUGCUGUUACAUUUCCUUUCCAGAGACUGGACAUGGACAGAGGGCCCCAGCCUGGGACCCCCUGAGUUUCCAGGGCCGACCUCUCCCAGCUGGUACCGUGGGCCUGCUCGCUGGAUGCCCCCACGCUGGGCUCAGGGUGCCCCAGAGCUGGAGCACGAUCGUCGGCACCGGCAGAUUGUUUCCUGGUUCGCCGACCACCCCCGGGCCCCCUUCGGCUUACACCGGCUGGUGGAGCUUGGGCAGAGCUCAGGCAAGAAGGCGGGGGACUGGUACGGGCCAUCACUGGUGGCACACAUCCUCAGGAAAGCUGUGGAGAGCUGCUCAGAGGUCACCCGCCUGGUGGUGUAUGUUUCUCAGGACUGCACAGUGUACAAGGAAGAUGUGGCACGCCUGGUGGCCAGGCCAGACCCCACAGCCGAAUGGAAGUCUGUGGUCAUCCUGGUGCCUGUGCGACUUGGUGGCGAGACUCUCAACCCUGUGUAUGUGCCCUGCGUGAAGGAGCUCCUGCGUUCAGAGCUGUGCUUGGGCAUCAUGGGGGGCAGGCCACGCCACUCACUGUACUUCAUCGGCUACCAGGAUGACUUCCUGCUCUACCUGGACCCCCACUACUGCCAGCCCACUGUGGACGUCAGCCAGGCUGACUUCCCCCUAGAGUCCUUCCACUGCACUUCGCCCCGCAAGAUGGCCUUCACCAAGAUGGACCCAAGUUGUACUGUGGGGUUCUAUGCAGGAGACAGGAAGGAGUUUGAGACCCUGUGCUCAGAGCUGACCAGGGUCCUCAGCUCCUCCUCAGCCAUGGAGCGGUACCCCAUGUUCACCCUGGCCGAGGGCCACGCUCAGGACCACAGCCUGGAUGACCUCUGCUCCCAGCUCUCCCAGCCAGCGCUGAGGCUCCCUCGCACUGGGCGGCUCCUCAAGGCCAAACGCCCGAGCUCCGAGGACUUUGUGUUUUUAUAAAGGGAGGGGAUAGGGGAAAAGAUGCAACACUAUUUAUUUUUUUAUUUAUGUCAUGUUGGGUGUGGGAGCUUGAACUCUGGCGGUGUUGGGAUUUCCUGUUCUCACCCUCUCACCAAGCCCAGCUGUGACCAGUCUGGGAGCCCAUUCAACCGGUACAGAGCCCGCAUGCCAGCCUCCCUUCCUUGCAGGGCAGGGAGGGAGGGAGGACUCCCAGGCACCACUCAGGGCCCAACUCAAGUACUGUAGUUUGCACUGGACUGUCCGGGCCCCUCAUUGGUCCCGAAGCCCCUGUCCUGGGGGAACUGCAGCCACUGAGGGGCAAAUAAAGCUGUCUGACUUAAACGUG